AUGGAAGUUCUUCUCACAGAGCUUGUGUUCGAUCUUGAGAGAGAAGUUGAGAUGACGAAGAUCGCCGUGAGAAGACGACGCUCAUGGAGUAUGGUGCAUCUCAAUGCUAUCCCCAAACCUAUUGUGUCUCCGGGUGCGCCACAUGUAGUAGUGAAUGUAGUAGAUUCGUACAGAGGCAUCGAUACUGGGGUUGAUGUUGUGAUCAAAAGGUCCGAUAAUGGUUUGGAUAGAAGAAGUGCAUUUGUGACAUUGACAUGCAAAAGAAGUGGGAAAUAUAUACCUCCUCUAUGGUAUUUCAAACGAGAAGAUACCGGUUCUAGAAAAUGUGAGUGUCCAUUUAAGUUGCGUGAUUAUCGGUUGAAAAAUAAUAAAUGGAGAUUUGAUGUGAUUUAUGGUUUGCAUAGGAAAGAUUUAAGUGAAAAAUUAUACGGUCAUCCAAUUGCAUGUCGCCUCUUGCGGGAAGAGAAGGAAUGUGUUUCUGGCAUGACAUUGAAUUUGGUGCAACUCAAAAACAUACUUGCAACCUUGAAACGUAAAAUACUAAAAAAUAUCGCAAAUAUCAAGCAUGUGUACAACAGGCGCUAUCAAUACAAAUUAUCGCUUAGGUGGGAUAGAACCGAAAUGCAACACCUCUUGAAACUUCUAGAUGAUAAUAAUUAUGUAUCUAUGCACCAUAGAUGCGAGGAUGGAGCAACAACCAACAAGUACAAGCUUCCAUUAUUGGAAAUUAUUGGUGUUACGUCUACUGGGAAGACUUAUUCUGUCGGUUUUGCAUUUCUAGAGUGCGAAAAAGAGGAAAACUUUACUUGGGCUUUAGAGGUGUGUCAGUCAAUGUUGAAGGACCAAGAAGAAAUGCCGAAAGUCAAUGUUAUCAAUCACGAUACCGCUUUAAUGAAUUCGGUAGCAAAGGUGUGCGAGAAAUAUCUCGCUUUAUUGAAAUAUGUUGAAAGUAUAAUUUUGGACCAGGUAAAAGAGAAGAUUGUCUGUGCUUGGACCGGUCAGGUUAGACACCUUGGAAAUACAACAACAAACCGAGUUGAGUCUGAUCAUGCUUGUUUGAAGAAUUGGUUGGGAAAUAGCAAGGGUGAUUUGUGUGCGGAUUGGGAUUCUGUGAACCGAAUCAUACAAAACAAGCAUAAUGAGAUACAAACAUCAUUUGGUUGUAGUAUCACAGUGUUGGAACACAAGUUCAAAGACAACACUAUAUAUUCUCAAUUGGUCAAUAACAUAUCUCAAUCAACUUUGAAUUAUAUUUUUCACAAAACCAAACGAGCUGAUAAUUUAGGUUCCGCUAGCUCAUAG